GUGAUCUCAUCCAUUAAUAGCUGUAUGCUGCCAACUCCCAAAUCUUUAUCUCAGACUUCUCUUCUGAACUCCAGAGCCUUAUAUUUAACUGCCUAUUGGAUAUCUUCUCCAGGAUGUUCUCAAGGCAUACAAGAGUCAAAUUCUGAAUAAAUCUACGGGUAGGAUGGACAGUUAUUUUAAAGCAGCAGUCAGUGACUUGGACAAACUCCUUGAUGAUUUUGAACAGAACCCAGAUGAACAAGAUUAUCUCCAGGAUGCACAGAAUGAGUAUGAUUCUAAUCACUGCUCAGUUUCUUCAGAGUUGGCUUCCUCACAGCUAACUUCACUGCUACCAAAGGAUCAGCAAUGCAUUAAUAGUUAUACAGCAGCAGAAACAUGCUGUGAGGCAGAUCAGAUUGCCCUGAGUGAAAAAAGACUUGAGGGACUAACUUCUAUACAAAAUGAAAAUGAAAAAAAUGUAGCAGGACUUGAUCUUCUUUCUUCUGUGGAUAGUGGUACUUCAGAUGAAAUCAAGCCUUUAUAUAUGGGGCGAUGUAGUAAACCUGUCUGUGAUCUGAUAAGUGACAUGGGUAACCUAGUUCAUGCAACUAAUAGUGAAGAAGAUAUUAAAUUAUUGCCAGAUGAUUUUAAGUCUAGUGCAGAUUCUUUGAUUGGAUUGGAUUUAUCUUUACUGUCAGGUACUUUCUGUAUUUCUUCACAAGAUCAUGGUGGUGAUACUGUCACAGAGGAACAGAAUGAUGUCAACUCUGAAUUACAAAAUAGAGAAAUGUGUGGAACCAAAGAAUCGAGUAUAAACAUAGAGACAACACUUUCAGAUUCAUGUAAUUUCAGCGGAACAGAAAAUUUAAAGAAUAAAGAGAUAUCUGACCAGCUAGAACCUAUUGAUUUUAACAUACCAUCUGAUUUAACUCAACAAAGUUCCAAAAUGUUUGAUGCCAAAGACAACCUACAACACAAGAACCAGCCUUGUGAAUCAUUAAAAGUUGAUAGCUGUUCGGUAAAAGAGGAGGUGGAUGUAGCAGUCGCAGCUGCCACCAAAUGUUUAAAAGGAGACAGCACAGGUGUUUUGCCUUGUGAUAUGCAAAAAAAUGAAAGUUUAUGUUUAAAUGAUUCUAAUUCAGGAGAUGAAAAUUUCAGAUUACCUGACUUUUCCUUUCAGGAAGAUAACACUACAUUAUUUAUAAAACAAUCUGUAAAAGAAAACUCAAGAAAUUUAGGCAUUAAAGAUAAUGAUGUACUUCAAGAUUCCUCUUCAACUUUACAUGUUUCAAGUGAAGAUAUACAGUACUCACUGUCCUGUCUUCCAGUAUCUGGAUCUUUGUGUGGAUCAUUAAUUGAAAGUAAAGCACAUGGUUAUUGUUUACCUCACAGUGAGCAUAAAGAUAACAUAGAAGAUGUGGUAAUUGUGCAUGAAGACAUGCAAAAGAAUGUUAUUCUAGGUGGGGAACCAUUUAAGGAGACUGAUCUUUUAAAACAGGAAAAAUGUAAAAACAUAGUUCAUCAGCCAUUAACUGAAAAAGUAGGAGAUGGACGAGUAGAUCUUGACCAAACAGUAACCACAGUAGAAUCUUUGAAUUACCCUGAUAACAGCAGUUCCACAGCUACAGAAUCUGCAGUGGAGCUUUCUGGUGCUAGUGCCCUAGAGUUUCCUAAUUAUUGUGAAGGCUUCACUUUUUCAAGCAAUGAUACCAAUGGGCAAGACCUAGAUUACUUUAAUAUUGAUGAAGGCAUAAAAAGCAGCGCAUUAAUUAGUGAUGCUGAACUUGAUGCCUUUCUGACCAACCAGUAUCUUCAGACUACUAACACAAAGUCUUUUGAAGAAAAUGUAAUUGACCCCAAAUCUCAAAUGAAUCAGGUGGCUGUGAAAGGCCUAGAUGAUGAAAACAUCAGUAAUAUCUAUUUCAGUGCUGAAGGAGGAGCUACUGGGGGAAGUCCAGGUAUUAAUAUUUCAAUCGAGAAACAAAAUACAGCAGAAAAUGAUGGCCUUUCUUUAGGGGAAAAAAGCACAGUUCCCACUGAACAAGGAUUAUCUAGCAGUAAGUCUGAGAUUACAAAUGAGUUAUCAACUUCUGAUAUUAGUUGUCAGUCUGUUCAUAUAGGAGGGGCCAGGCCUAAGCAAUUGUUUAAUUUUCCAUCCAAAGAAAGGACUUCAAAGGAAUUGAAUAAACUGGAUGAUCCAAAUAUGUCCGAAAGUGAGUCCACUGUAGCAGAUGCCAUUGCCCCAACCACUGAUGUUACAGAGUCCGCAACUGAUCCUCAGGUUAGCUUCAACUCUAAUUACAUUGAUAUAGAAAGUAAUUUUGAAACUGGAUCCAAUUUUGUACCUGCAAACGAAGAAUCUUUACCUGAAAAACCUUGCAAAGAAGGCUUGGUUUUGGGACAGAAACAGCCUCCUUGGGUUCCUGAUUCAGAAGCUCCAAACUGUAUGAACUGCCAAGUCAAAUUUACUUUUACAAAACGACGACACCACUGCAGAGCAUGUGGGAAAGUAUUUUGUGGUGUCUGUUGCAAUAGGAAAUGUAAACUGCAGUACCUAGAAAAGGAAGCAAGAGUAUGUGUAGUCUGCUUUGAGACUAUUAGUAAAGCUCAGGCAUUUGAAAGGAUGAUGAGUCCAACUGGUUCUAAUCUUAAAUCUAAUCAUUCUGAUGAAAGUGCCAUUGCCCAGGCUCUCCAGGAGACUCAGACAUCCAAUAAUACUUCACCUACAGCUUUACCAAUCUCAGCACUUAAACAACCAAAUGUUGAAGGAUUGUGUUCCAAAGAACAGAAGAGAGUAUGGUUUGCAGAUGGUAUAUUGCCCAAUGGUGAAGUUGCAGAUACAACAAAAUUAUCAUCUGGAAGUAAAAGAUGUUCUGAAGAUUUUAGUCCUCUCUUACCUGAUAAGCCUUUGAUGGUAAACACAGUGGAUUAUGCCCAUUCUACUACAGUGGAAAAAGCAAAUGAAAUCGAUAUUACGAGAAAUGAGAUUAUUCAAAAUCCUAUUUCUCAGGAUCCAUCUGUGGGAAAACUGCCUGUGAACCCUGGAACUGAAGAGUUACCUACUUCUGGUUCUUUUACACUAGAGGAUAAUGUUUUUGCAGAAAUCGAACAACCAUCUAGUCCUACUGGUGGUGUCUUAGUGAACAAUAAUUUAUCUGUUGCUAGUAUUUCAGAUUAUAAACUACUGUGUGGUAUUGGCAAGUAUGUUUCCAAUAAGAUUAGUCUUCUACCUAAUGAUGACUAUAGCUUGCCCCCACUUUUGGCUGCCUCUGAAGAAAAAGAAUCAGUGCCUGUAGUAGAAGAACAUCCAUCUCAUGAGCAGAUCGUUUUGCUUCUUGAAGGCGAAGGGUUUCGUCCUGUUACCUUUGUCCUAAAUGCUAAUCUACUUGUGAAUGUCAAGUUAGUAUUUUAUUCUUCAGACAAAUAUUGGUACUUCUCAACCAAUGGAUUACAUGGCUUGGGACAGGCAGAAAUUAUUAUUCUCUUGUUAUGUUUGCCAAAUGAAGAUACUAUUCCUAAAGAUGUCUUCAAGCUAUUUAUCACCAUAUAUAAGGAUGCUCUAAAAGGAAAAUAUAUAGAAAACUUGGACAAUAUUACCUUUACUGAGAGUUUUCUCAGUAGCAAAGAUCAUGGAGGAUUCCUGUUUAUUACACCUACUUUUCAGAAACUUGAUGAUCUCCCAUUACCAAGUAAUCCUUUUCUUUGUGGAAUUCUUAUCCAGAAGCUAGAGAUUCCCUGGGCAAAGGUUUUUCCUAUGCGUUUAAUGUUGAGAUUGGGUGCAGAAUAUAAAGAGUAUCCUGCUCCUCUAACAAGUAUCAGAGGCCGAAAACCUCUUUUUGGAGAAAUAGGACACACUAUUAUGAACUUACUUGUUGACCUUCGAAAUUACCAGUACACCUUGCAUAAUAUAGAUCAACUAUUGAUUCAUAUGGAAAUGGGCAAAAGCUGCAUAAAAAUACCUCGGAAGAAAUACAGUGAUGUAAUGAAAGUAAUAAAUUCUUCUAAUGAGCAUGUCAUUAGCAUUGGAGCAAGCUUUAGUACAGAAGCAGAUUCUCAUUUAGUCUGUGUACAGAAUGAUGGAGUUUAUCAAACACAGGCCAACAGUGCAACUGGCCAUCCUAGGAAAGUGACAGGUGCAAGUUUUGUGGUAUUCAAUGGAGCUCUGAAAACAUCUUCAGGAUUUCUUGCUAAGUCCAGCAUAGUUGAAGAUGGCCUUAUGGUACAAAUAACUCCAGAGACCAUGGAUGGCUUGCGGCUUGCUCUACGAGAACAAAAAGACUUUAAAAUUACAUGUGGGAAAGUUGAUGCAGUAGACCUGAGAGAAUAUGUGGAUAUCUGCUGGGUAGAUUCUGAAGAAAAAGGAAACAAAGGUGUUAUUAGUUCUGUGGAUGGAAUGUCAUUACAAGGAUUUCCUAGUGAAAAAAUAGAACUGGAAACAGAUUUUGAAACUGAUGAGAAGAUUGUAAAGUGCACUGAGGUGUUCUACUUUGUAAAGGACCAGGACAUACCCAUUUCAGCAACUCAUUAUCAGUUUGCAAAAGAAAUUGCCAUGGCUUGUAGUGCUGCACUGUGCCCUCAUCUGAAAACUCUAAAAACUAAUGGGAUGAAUAAAAUUGGACUCAGAGUUUCCAUAGACACUGAUAUGGUUGAAUUUCAGGCAGGCUCUGAGGGCCAUCUUCUUCCUCAGCAUUAUCUAAAUGAUCUUGAUAGUGCUCUGAUCCCUGUGAUCCAUGGUGGGACCUCCAACUCUACUGGUUUACCAUUCGAAAUAGAAUUGGUGUUUUUCAUUAUAGAAAAUGUUUGUUAAUGGGAGGAUGUGUCACAUUAAAUGUUACCAAUUGAUUUGUUGGAACUCCAGCACUAAAACUGAAGUGCUUUGCAUUGACUAUUUACCAUAAAAGUAAAUGUAUCUGAUAUUUGAAACAUGUAAGCUUUGCUUUUUAGGCAGGAAUAAUCUUUUAAAAUCAUGAGCACAACAUUUAAAAUGCUAAAACUUUAAAGAAUUCAGUUUUUGAAGCUUUACACUUAACACAAAUACUAAAAGAACAAGAACUCCUCCUGUCCGAGAAAUUUGUGUCAUUUACUAUGUCAUUAAGUGCUAAGCCAAAGUAUCUGCACUUAGGUAUACCUCUUUAUGCCAAUAAUGGUUUCAGUGAAGUCUAUUUUCAGAUGUGAUGUUGUGGAGGGAAUGCCAGUUUUGUGUAUGUGCCAGUUAGAUUGCUGACUUCUAAAGUCUGUUAGAAAUGUAUGUCAGUGGCAUAGGCCAGUUUUCAGAUCAUAGACGGGAAUGAUAAUUCUUACAUAAACCAGGUAAUUUGUGUGAUUGGAGUGGAGAUCUACCUCCAUGAUUAGAUAAACUCUGAUUGUUUGGAUUAAAAUCAGAAUUUUGCCUUUUUUCUUCUCAAAUUACUUUAUAUUCACAAACACACAUACACAUACACUUAAGUUUUUUCUUGAUUAAAUGAGUAUACUUAAAAUAAUUGUGGGUGCUUCAGGACCUUGUGCUUCUAUAUUUAAGUAUAUUGUUUUUAUAGAGAAAACAUGAUUCAGUAUGUGUUUUAUAAAUCUUUAAUAAUUUAUAAAUAGGUAAUAUUUUUCUAUUACAGUGCAUUAUUUUCCCUACUUUCCUUCCAGAUUAUACCACUGUAUUUAUUACUUCUAAAAGUGAGUGACAGCAGGCCAGAUGACCCUGGAAGUAGUCAUUAUGUAGCAAUAAAUGAAGCAUGAAGCGAGCUUUCUUUUACUUCCACUUUAAUCCUUAGAAAUUUCUUGGUAAUUCUGCAUAUUUUCAUGGAUAACGAUGUAUUAGGUAUACAUUUUAAGGAACUAAUUACCUUUGCAUAUUUAAAUUCUUUAUAUGGUAGUUAUUUUUUAUAAUGAGAUACUAACAUAAGUUAAACUCUGUAU